GGGGAAAAACCUGCUGCCCACCCCAUCACCCAGAGGUGGCAGCCGCCGGUGGGGGGAUGUGCCCUCUCGUGCUCCCAUCCCUGUCCCACGCUGAACCCAACACAUGGACAGAGCCCGCUCAUGGCAGCCCCUGGGUAUGAGUUUGUCCCAUCUCAGUUUAUCUCUCUGCCCCUGCCAGGAUGCGCCAACCUCCGAAGAGCUGGAGCAGUUCGCCAAGGACCUCAAGCACAAGCGCAUCAUGCUGGGUUUCACCCAGGCUGACGUGGGGCUGGCGCUGGGCACUCUCUACGGGAAGAUGUUCAGCCAGACGACCAUCUGCCGCUUUGAAGCGCUCCAGCUCAGCUUCAAGAACAUGUGCAAGCUGAAGCCACUGCUGCAGCGUUGGCUCAACGAGGCAGAGAACACGGACAACAUGCAAGAGAUGUGCAAUGCGGAGCAAGUGUUGGCCCAAGCCCGGAAGAGAAAACGCAGGACCAGCAUCGAGACCAACGUGAAGGGGACACUGGAGAGCUUCUUCCGCAAGUGCGUGAAGCCCAGUCCCCAGGAGAUCUCCCAAAUUGCCGAGGACCUCAACCUGGACAAAGACGUGGUCCGAGUCUGGUUCUGCAACCGGCGUCAGAAAGGCAAACGGCUGCUGCUGCCCUUCGGCAACGAGGCGGAGGGAGCGAUGUAUGACAUGAACCAGUCCCUGAUGCCCACUGGCCUGCCCAUCCCGGUGACGUCCCAGGGCUACAGCCUGGCGCCUUCCCCUCCCGUCUACAUGCCGCCCUUCCACAAAGCUGAGAUGUUCCCUCAAGCGCUGCAGCCUGGGCUCUCCAUGAGCAACAGCAGCCACUGAACCAGGGGCUGUGGGGCCAGUGGCAGUGCCGCCCCGACACCACGGCUGGGCUGGCUCUCGGGGGGGAAGCUUCCCCCCCACUUCGUCCUGAGAAGGCACAGGCACAGCCCCGCUCCUGCUCCCAGGGCACUCCCUGGGCUGCCUUGGGGCUUUUGGGGCAUGAGGGGCAGGGGAAGGGCUGGGAGCCUGAUAAGGGGAUGGUGCCUGCUCUCUGCCAUUGCUCCCAGUCCUUCCCAGUUAUGUGAGUUUACUGGUCCCAGCAGCGUCGGCCCUCCUCAGAGCUCUCCUGGGGGCAGCUGCUCCUGCCCCACUGCACGCCACUGAAGCCACACGUGCCCAGAAUGGAGCACCCUGCCCCAGCCCAGGUGAGCUGCUCUCCUUCAAGACCCAGAAAAAAGUA